UCGGUGACGGUGGUGUUUUUAAAGUAACAGCCACUGUUUUAUCAGAUUAAACAAAUGACACAUUUUUCUGUUGCACCACCCGUGUCAUCUUAAACAGGUAAAAUCGCCGUGGGUGUCGCUUUUACGAGCACCCGGCGUAUAACUGAGUUGAUACCGCCGGAGCCCCGUGAUGUGGUUUGGUGUGGGGGAGGAUAGCAGCUACCAGCCAGAUAAACACUCAGCAUUGGUUUGCACAGCAGGAGUAACAUGGCGGCACAGUUAGCCAGCAGAAAUGUUGUUUCACUACCGCGAAGGUCAGAGCUGCAUCCGAUAAACGGAAUUUAACAGCGAGGACACAGCCGAAAGCCUUUAAUCCAGGUAGACGUGGACGAUGCUUAAAGGUUUCCUCCCUUUACCGUCUUGCAGCAAUGGCCUGAGGGACUCUCUGGACUGAAAUCAAGACGCUGAUAUGCAUUGAGGAUGAGUGGAGUCGGUGAAAACUCGUCUGACCCUGCCAGGGCAGAGUCACGGAAACGCAAAGAAUGUUCAACCGAACUUCUAGGCCCCAGUCCGAAGCGGAGCAACGAGAAGCGCAACCGCGAGCACGAGAACAAAUACAUCGAGGAGCUCGCCGAGUUGAUCUUUGCCAACUUCAACGACAUGGACAACUUCAAUGUCAAGCCUGACAAAUGUGCAAUCCUGAAGGAAACUGUGAAACAGAUCAGACAGAUAAAGGAGCAAGAAAAAGCAGCAGCAGCAAAUCAAGAGGAGGUACAGAAGGCUGAUGUCUCAUCGACAGGCCAAAGUGUGAUUGACAAAGAUGCCUUGGGACCAAUGAUGCUGGAGGCCCUGGACGGCUUCUUCUUUGUGGUAAACAUGGAGGGUAACAUCGUGUUCGUGUCUGAGAACGUAACCCAAUACCUGCGCUACAACCAGGAGGAGCUGAUGAACACCAGCGUCUACAGCGUGCUGCACGUCGGGGAUCACGCAGAGUUCAUCAAGAACCUGCUGCCUAAAUCCCUGGUUAACGGAGUCCCGUGGUCCAGCGAGGGUCCGAGGAGGAACAGCCACACAUUCAACUGCCGAAUGCUGGUCAACCCGCACGGCGAGAACCAGGACGAGCAGCACGAGCACGAGCCCCAGCCACAGAAAUAUGAGACCAUGCAGUGUUUCGCAGUUUCCGAGCCCAAGUCAAUCAAGGAGGAAGGAGACGACUUUCAGUCGUGCCUGAUCUGCGUGGCACGAAGGGUGCCCAUGAAGGAAAGACCCAUGCUUCCCACGCAUGAGAGCUUUACAACGCGCCAGGACCUGCAAGGUAAGAUAACGUCCCUGGAUACCAGUCUCCUGCGGGCGUCCAUGAAGCCGGGCUGGGAGGAUCUAGUGAGACGCUGCAUCCAGAGGUUCCACCUGCAGAACGACGGGGAAAUGUCUUUUGCCAAGAGACAUCAGCAGGAAGUGCUCCGCCACGGACAGGCUUUCAGCCCCAUCUAUCGUUUCUCCCUCUCUGAUGGAACCAUCGUGUCAGCCCACACCAAGAGUAAACUGGUGCGCUCACCUGCCACCAACGAACCCCAGCUCUACAUGUCCCUGCACAUUCUCCAGAGGGAGCAGACAGUUUGUGGAAUGGGUCAGGACAUGGGUCCUGGCGGUCAGGCCACAGGGAUGGCUCCCAAACUGAUAAACCCCUCCACCCCCUCCAUGACUCCUCCAACCCCAGGCUCUUUGCCAGGCUCGGGGCCUCAGGGCCAAGACACUACCAUCAGCAGCAACAGCACGCCUUUCUCCCCUCCAGGCCCAGCUGGCCCAAGAGAGCCUGCAGCAAUGGGGGGCCAUAUGCAGGGCUACCGUUUCGGCUGCCCCCCACCACACAACCACACUGGGGGCAUGCAGCCUCCACAGCAGGGCACUAACUGGAGGAUGAACAGCCCAUCUCGCGCUAGCCCCAGCCCUGCCGGUGGACCACAUCCACCUCAGCAGAACUCUAUGCUGUCGCCCAGACACCGAGGGAGUCCUGGGGGGGCCGGCAGUCCUCGUGUAGCAGGAGGCAUGCACUCCCCCUCUCCAGUGGGGAUGUGCGGAGGAGGACCUGGGAGUGCAGGUAAUAGCAACACAACUAGCACCCAUGCUAACAGCUACACUAGCAACUCUCUGUCAGCACUGCAGGCUCUUAGCGAGUGUCACGGCGUGGGACACGGGCCCCCCCACGCGCACACUCUCGGGUCUCCGGACCGAAAGAUAGGCUCCCCAGCUGGGGUGACAACCGGGUCAGGGGUGAACUCUCAUCUCAUGUCAAAACUUGGAGGCAGUGGGGGGCCUGUAGGUGGUUCAGGAGACUCAUUUGGACCUCAUUCAGAGGGGGGUCAGGGGCCCACGCAGGGCCAGACAGAGAGAAACCUAGCUGAGCCCAAGGAGGAGAGAGACGGGCCCACUGAUGGCCAUGAUGCUCACAACCGUCCCCAUGACAACAAGGGCAACACUAAGCUGCUGCAACUGCUCACCACCAAGCCCGAGCCUCUGGAGAUGCCCCUUUCUCCAGGCGCAGGAGGCGAGGGCAAGGACCUGGUCGGGACGGGGGUCCGGGCCGGCCAAACUGGGGGGAACACACAUGCCACUUCCCUUAAAGAAAAACACAAGAUCCUCCACCAGCUGCUUCAGAACAGCACGUCUCCUGUAGACCUGGCCAAACUCACAGCGGAGGCCACGGGCAAAGAGCUGGGCCAAGACCAAAACCCCGGGGCUGGCGGUGCAGCUGCUGGGACAGAAAUUACUCCGAAGCAGGAGCCCCUGAGCCCUAAGAAGAAAGACAAUGCCCUGCUACGCUACCUGCUGGAUAAAGAUGACACUGUACUUAAGGACAAGGUGCCUAAACUGGAGCCUGGGGAGGUGAAGGUGGAAGGUGGAAAGCACCCGCUUGUCAAGGCAGAGAAACAAGACGCAGGAUACGACCGCGCAGAACAGUCGUCGGAGCUCGACGACAUCCUGAACGACCUGCAGAACGCUCAGCCGCAGCUCUUCUGUGAACCCCGGCCCGUCUCGUUGCCCAGUCCCAUGGACAAACAGAACAUUAUCAACGACAUCCUGCAGAUGUCUGAAAACAAUCCUGCCAUGGCCGCGCAGCAGCAACACAGAGCCAUGGGGGCUAACAUGGCCCCAACAAAUUUUGGGGGUGUCCGACCAGGCCAGCCAGGCCGGGGUCUGCCUGUGAGGAGUGUGUCCCUGGAUAUGAAUGUGUCACCCCAGCAGCCCUCAUUACAGUACCCCAUAAGAGCCAACAGCCCGUACACUCUCAUGCAGCAGCAACAGCAGCAAGGCUUGGUGGGAAAUCACGGCAUGCUGGCUAAUCAGUCUGGUAUGGUUAGCACAGGACUGAUGGCUCCAGGGGGUCCACGGCCAGGCAUGCAGCAGCAGGAGGGAUGGGCGGGCUCGGCCUCUGCCCCUCCACUGGGAGCGUCCGGCCCUGGGCAGCAAGGCGCCAUGCAGGGCAGGAUGGGACCCAACGGAGCGCCAAUGAGGCCCAUCAGCCAACCAGGGCCUCGACAGAUGCUCCAGUCCCCGAUGAUGGCCAAUGCACAACCUGAUAUGGAUAUUGGCAUGGCCGGACACCAUUUCUCCCAACAACAGGCUCCACCCAAUCAGACAGCACCCUGGCCCGAUAGCAUGAUGCCCAUCGAUCAGACUGCUUUUGUAAACCAGAGCCGGCCGGUGCACUCAGCUCCUCCGGAUGAUUUGCUGUGCAGUACAGGGCACAGCUCUGGUGAAGGCAGUGGAGUAGAUGAGGGAGCUCUGAUGUCCCAGCUGUACACAGCACUUAAAGAUUUCGAUGGCCUUGAGGAGAUUGAUCGUGCUCUGGGGAUCCCUGCUCUGAGCCAAACACUGGAGCCGGACCAGUUCCCCCAGGACCCCUCUAUUAUGUUAGACCAAAAGCCCCCCAUGUACACACAGCAGUUUGGUCCCCCACCUUCCCACAUGGCACAGAGGGGCUACCCGGGUGCCCCCAUGCAGGAGCAAGGCUUCCACCCCAUGUCAGGCCAGAUGGGUCCACGGCCUGGGUACCCCAUGAUGAGGAUGCAGGCCAGGCCCGGACUCAGGCCCGCAGUCGUCCCCAACCAGCCCAACACACUACGGCUGCAGCUGCAGCACCGGCUCCAGUCACAGCAGAACCGUCAACCAAUGAUGACUCAGAUGAGUAGUGUGUCGAAUGUGAACCUACCUCUUCGAGCCAGCGCUCCAAACCAGGGGACCAUCAACGCUCAGAUGUUGGCGCAGCGUCAGCGAGAGCUGCUGAGUAAUCACCUGAGGCAGCGGCAGCAGCAGCAGGCCCAGCAGGUCCAGCAGCAGCGCAGCAUGGCCAUGAGGGCCCAGGGCCUCAACCUUCCUCCAAACAUGGCUGCCGGAGGCAUGAGUAACCCCAGGAUACCCCAGGCCAACCCCCAGCAGUUCCCCUACCCACCCAGCUACGGUACCAGUACAGGCCUGGCCUCGCCACCUCCCUCUACCAGCCCCUUCUCCUCCCCUCUCUCCCCCAGCCUGCCCUCUCUCCCUCCCAACCCCCAGCUCCACCUGCAUGGCACCUCCUCCUCUUCCUCCACCUCCUCCUCCUCCUCACAGAUGAUGAUGGGAAACACAAACAUGAUGGGCGGACAGUACGGGGCCGUACUCAGCCCCCAAUUGCAGCACAGUGCCUUUCAGUUUCCCAACUCAGGUAUGAACCAACAAGCAGAGGGAGGAUUUGGAGGGCCUGGCACGCCACAGAGCCCCAUGCUCUCUCCCCGCAUGGCCCACACACAGUCCCCCAUGAUGCAGCAGGGCCAAGGAAACGCUGCUUUCCAGGGCUCUCCUGACAUGAACGGCUGGCCACAAGGCAACAUUGGAGGAAACAGUAUGUUCUCACAGCAGCAGGCAUCGCCGCAGUUCACUCAGCAGAACAACAGCAACAUGUACAACGGCAAUGGCAUGAACCUUAACAACGUCUCCAUGGCCGCCAACAUGGCUACCAGCAGCAUGGGCCAGAUGGGCGGGCAGAUGAGCGUCACGUCCAUGGCCUCGGGGCCCUCGCCCGGCUUGCCCUCCAUGGGAACAGAACAGAAAUACUGUUGACCCUCAUGGAGCUCUUACCCUGAACCUCAGUGAUCAGCUGGUCCAAGGAGCACGUCGGCCCUUUAAAAUUGUACAAACAUGUAACCAUCUGACGGCCCCUUGAACCAGCCAGGCCCGGACCCCGGCCCCCGGAUGUCACCCCCAGCUCCGAGUUUGCUGUCUGUCCCCCAGGCCGGGUGUCUUCGGCGGACCCCCGGAGGAGCCCGGCCCCCGAACAGACACCAGAGUGUGUGCAGAGGGCUGGGGGUGGGUGGGGGGGGGGGGGGAGGGAUUGUGGAUCUAUGUCCUAACCUGCCUAACCCUCCUGGAGGAGAGCCUUGUGAUGAGCCAGUCUGUCUGCCUGUCCAGCUGCAUUCACCGUAGUGUGACUUACUGUAAGCCUCCUCAACAGGGGGGGACACUGACCUAAAGAGGGCAGCAGUGGGUGGGAUCCCUUGUUCUGAUGAAUGUAUUCCUCUCAGUGGACAGCGGCCAUUUACAAUCUCAUCUCAGAAAAUGACGUACACUGAUUUUCUUUUUUCUCACUCAUUUGGGACAUUUGCCCAUAAUUCCAAAAUGGCAGCAAAGACUCCCAAGUUGUGUUCAAAUCUACGGACGGAGCUGGAACACUUAACCGGUUUUGCCUUUUUGCUGAUCUUUAUUUUAUUAUUAUUUUAGUUGUUUAUUUUAUUUUUCUUGUUGUGAGAAAUAAGAUGUAGAAUGAAGAUAUGGUUGAAAAAACUGAUCUUGAAAAACACUGCAGAAGAAUGGUUUGAGUGGAAUGGAGAUUUGUAUGAUUAGACUAAUUUAGUCAAGAGGUUUAUAUAGUGUAUUAAAUUAAGUUUUAUUUUUCUGUAUAGAUUCAUUUUAAAUAUUGUAGAUGAUUCUUUAUCCUAGUAGCAACAAGAAAAAAGAUUUCUCAAAGUGUGAAAGAGGCACUUUUUUAUCAUUUUAACAGUAAUGGUUGUAUUCUUUCUGAGAAGAUUCUUCUUUAAGCCUGAAUUAUGGAUUAUACUUUGGUCCUGGAGUUUCAGAAGAAGAUGUCAAAAUCAUAUAUGGUUUCAAAAUGAACUACAGAGAUUGUACAUACCGAUAAGAAAAAACAUUUUCUUUCCUAUUUAUUUUAUUCCUUAGGGUUUGGUUCUCCCUCCCUGUCUGGUCACAACUGCCUCUUGAAGCAGAGCAGGUAUUUCUUUUCUUUUUUUUUUCUUUUCUUUUAUUACUUUUUGGGUGGUGGAGUGGGAGCCUUCACGUUCUGGUACGAUGCAGAAAUGGGUGUGGGUGGGAGGUAUAGGGAAGGUUUGUAAGGGGGUGUGCUGUGUAUACAGUGUACAGAUUAUCGCUUGCUUCUCUGCCUUUAGCAUAGAACGUCACAGAAAAAUUAAAAAAAAAAAUAAGGACAACUUCAACACAGCCAUACAAUUAUUAAAAAAAAAAUUAACAGAA